GGAAGAGAAGCAGAGUUUCGGUGAAGAAUUUGAACCGAGUCGCAGAAGCAGGCGGACAGACAGAGGACGCUUCGAUAGCUAGAAACUACCAUCUUUCUGUGGUUUCAGUGUGUUUUAAAGAAACCUAUUUUAGGCAACACAUUUUUUUUUUAUUAACCAGUGUUGUCUUUUCGGUGGACCGUGACCAUGAGGAGGAGUGAAAUCCUUGCUGCGGAGUCGGUAGAAUGUCUGAAUCGAGCCCUUAUCCGGUUGAAGGACAUCUGGGAGGAAAUAGGAAUUCCAGAGGACCAGAGACUACAGAGGACUGAUGUGGUUAGGAAACACAUCAAAGGCUUGCUGGACAUGAUGAUUGCCGAGGAGGACAGUCUAAGGAAGAGAUUGAUGAGCAGCAUAGAAUCCUGUCGUAAAGAGCUGGAAGUUCUGUGUACUGAGCUUCAACUAUCCCCAUUUGAGGAGGACGAGGGGAGGACGAUGCUGCAGCUGGAGAAGGACAUCAGGUCACGCCUGGAGGUGAUGAUGAAACAGAAGAGUCAGAGAGUUAAGGAGCUGAAGACUCUGUCCAAGCAGGACCGGGAGCUGUGUGACAUCAUGUGUUCAGUCCCCUUCUGUAUUGACAUGGACACGGUCCCUUCCCUGGAGCAACUGGACAGCUAUCGCUCUUACCUCAACGAUCUCACUGAAGAGAAGGAUCGUCGCCACGGUGAGUUUGUGGGAAUCAAGCGUCAGAUCAUUGUGUGUAUGGAGGAGCUGGACCAGCUGCCAGACACCAGCUUUGAGAGGGACGUGGUGUGUGAGGACGAGGAGGCCUUCUGUCUGUCCAACGACAACAUCGCAGCUCUCCAACUGCUGCUGGGACAGCUGGAGGAUCGUAAGACCGAGAACGAGUUGCUGUGUAACUCCUACCGCAGUAAGAUCCAGGAGCUGUGGGAGAGACUGCAGGUCCACCCGGAGGAACGAGAGGGCAUGUCAGAUCACAUGGUCCAGUCCAGGAAGAAGAACAUGGAUGCUUUAGAAGCGGAAUGCCGGCGCCUGGAUGAGCUCAAAAUGAAGAACAUGGAGAAUGUGCUAGAAACCAUCAGGGCUGAGAUGGCUCUGUUCUGGGAGAGGUGUUACUACAGCCUGGAGCAGAGACGAGCCUUCACACCCUACUAUGACGUUGACGUCACCGUGGAGCUACUGAACCUACAUGAGGCAGAGCUACUGAGUCUGAAGAAGCAUUAUGAAGACCACAGGGAACUGUUUGAAGGAGUUACCAGGUGGCAAGAGAGCUGGACUCUGUUCCUACAACUAGAGAAAAAGGCGACCGAUCCUUCUAGAUUCAACAACCGAGGAGGGAACCUACUCCGAGAGGAGAAGCAGAGAGCUGACCUGCAGAAAAGCCUGCCAAAGUUGGAGAAGAGCCUGAAGACUCGGAUAGACCUAUGGGAGGAGGAGCAGUACAGAGAGUUCCUGGUUAACGGACAGCGGUUCCUCCAGUACGUAGAGGAGCAGUGGGAGCUACUGCGGCUGGAGAAGGAGGGAGAGAAGAAUGAGAGGCAACUGAAGAAGAACCGGCAGAUUGAACAUGACCUGCUGUAUGGUACUGCUCAACGAACCCCCUCCAAAAGACGCCUUGCAGGGACCCCUACGCCUGGCAAAACAAGAAAGCUCAAUGCCACGAGCGGUAUCUACGGCUCUACUCCUAACAGCACCUUACGCUCUGCCUUCGGAGGAACCUUGUGUCAGUCUCCGGUCCUCAGACUACCUAUGUCUGCCAGCAAGCUUCCUCUGAGGACCCCGAGUCGUGUUGGAAGAACCCCCCGUACGGUGGAGAGGAACAAAGAGAACAUCUCCCACCUGAACGGCAUGGCUCUGAGCGGUGUGUUAAGAAACCCGGCCCAAAGCCCGGCCUCGCACCGUAACAUCAGCAGUAACUCUGUCGCCAGCACCUAUUCUGAAUUUUCGCGAGUUCUCUCAAAAGCUUCCAAAUCUGUCAAGACAGGACAUCUAAACUCUACUGUCACUAAUCUGAGCUGAGGGAUCAGACAGAACUUGUCCCUGAUUCAUCCAGCUGAGACACCGUUCUGGCUUGAGUUUCCCGGGUUUCUGUCCCCGUCCAUUUUUGUACAUGUCUAGAUGAAGGAAAUGUAUAAACACCUGAAUAUAAUGCAUUAGUAACAGAACCCAGCGUCUCCAGUGCCACUGUGUUCUGGCUCUGAGGUUUCACAACUACUGCAUCGAUCCUUAAUCACUCUGGCCCGAGGUCUUUGUUUUGUUUCUGUUGUCUGUGUCUAGAUGAAGUGUUAACACCUACAGAACUUUUAAAUACUCUGUCAAAUUUGUAAUAUUUUUGUUCUUUUUUUUUUUUUUUUUUUUU